UAUUUUCAUUGUUUUAUGUCGAAACGCGCUAUAGAUGUUGUCGAUGAUGAGUCGCUCGACUUGUACUCACCCAUCUACUUUGGCGAUAGCUCUGUGAAUGUUGGUGAGCCAUUUAAAAUCAAUUGUCGUAUAUCGAUCUCAACACCGACCGAAUGGUUGAAAGACGGCGAGAGUAUUAGAAAGCAUAACUUACGUCAUGGACGGGACGAUCAUUCGUAUGUCGUAACUGAGAAUGAAAUCGAAGGAGAACGCGAUAAGACUUUAUCAACCCUGAGCGUAAAACACGCUCUCUUAGUGCAUAAGGGAAAAUAUCAAUGCAAUAAAGAUCAUACAAAUUAUUUUGAAUUGACUGUAAAUGGCGUUGAGGAGUCUACGACUGUCCCUCAAUACGACUAUAAGAACAGUUCAACGUUCUACAAAACGAAUCUGAAGAGAGUUUCAGAUAUCGAUGAAAAUGGUUUCACUGUUUCAGAUAAUAACGAUGGGAGUUGGGAGCUAAGUAAUCCCUCACCAGUCGUACCAGCCGAAACAUUUUCGAAAAAGAGAAAGCUUGAAGUAGAAAUCGAAACGAAGCCAAGUAUUCAGAAAACCACAGUUGAUAGAAAGAAAGACACUACACAGUUUUUUGAGAUAGACGAUUCAGAUGAGGAUACAUUUCGAGCUUUGAUUACAACCAACGCACCAAAGAUUAGACAUAGUAAAGGUUCUCACAAACAAACAAACACUGAAUUAUCGACAGCACCAACAAAUUUCAUAGCAAGUAUAACACAGUCGACAAAAAAACCGAACCGGAAGGCUGCUGAAGUAAUUGGACAGUAUGAUAGCAUAGAACAUAAGCUGCGAUCCUUUGAAAUUAGGUAUCCACUGAUACUCAGCUGCAAUGUUACAGCACCAGAUUUUCCGGCGCUAAAGUGGCGGAAAAAUGGAACAGACGUUAGCAAAGUAGCUUCUCUUACAGGGCGAUAUAAAGAAAUCGCAGAGGAGAGAAAGUUUGUAAUUGAAAAAACCGACGCCGCCGACGCGGGGACUUAUGAAUGUUGGGUAGACAGUCUAAAAGAAGGAGCCACUUUCAAUGUUUAUGCUAAUGUCGCUGUCAGAGUUCCAUCGAAUACCGGGGUAGUGGAAGGGGAAAAAUUAACAAUUCACUGUUUAGCUGUCGGGACGGAUCCCAGUAUCACUUGGACUAUUGCUGGUAAUACAACUAUUAACGAAACAUCUGGUAGAUAUACAUUGAAAGAGGAUGAGAAUGGUAUUAAAAACUCAAUACUAACUAUCGAGAAUAUUGUGCUUGAUGACAGAGGUGAUUAUAAAUGUACCGCAACAAAUCCAGCGACGGAAUAUGGAAAUGCUGAUCCUGCAUCGGACACAACAUUCGUUCGUGUUAAAGGAAAACUUGCGGCCUUGUGGCCCUUCCUAGGAAUCUGUGCGGAAGUUAUCGUUCUCUGCGCCAUCAUCCUGAUUUACGAGAAAAGGCGCAAUAAAACAGAACUUGAUGAAAGCGAUACUGAUCCGAAUACCGAGCAGAAAAAGAAAAGGCGGAACUAUGACUAAUUUAAGAAAACGACUUUUCAAGAUGCUGCUUGUGCUUUUUUUAAAGGCCCGCUCCUGUAUAUUUUUGACUAAAAAUAACACUUUUUUGCAAAAGCAUUAAUCAAAAUACCAACAUGACGUUACUAUAUUUGAAAAUGAUUUAGAGAUAUCUAGCACAAUAUCUUUCGUUUUCUUCAUUUCAACCGUGUUUUAUUUCUGUUCUACUGUUGUAUAAAGUUGUAAAUUAGAGAAGGCACUGCUUGCAGUCUGCAAUAGAACUGUAUUUAUAAAAGAGAAAAAGAAAUGAAAUUAACAAAAAAAAAACAACUUGAAGGGUUUUAACAAAAAAUAGAAGAGUUCAAAAUGAAUUUUAGAUAAACUAAGGUACAUUUUAGAUACAAGAUAACAUAGCAAACUCUAGAUGUAAAUUCAAACAUGUUUGGAACUAAAUGAAGAAACAGCUAAUUUUUUGAAAGUCGCAUAUAAUGUUGAAAGUUUUGAAUUCGGUAUCGAUGGUAAUAUUAAAGUAUUAUAAAGGUAUGUAUAUUAGAAACUCAUUUACUAAUUUAUUGCAAAUGUGUAACUUUUUUACAAUAGCAGUAUUCGUGAAUUAACCGUAUGUUGCCUUAGACCCAGGCUGCACGGGCGAAACAACUUCAUCGCGAAUCGUUGCACGUUGAGAUGUUUCGGUCGUGCCGCCUCGGAUUCGGACAUUUAUUUAUGAUAUUUAUGAAAUUAUUGCGUUAACUAGAACGAAUUGUAUAUAAUAUAGUUUUCUUCGAGAGAAAAGUUAUUUACUUUAGUGUCAUCUCAGACUAUGAAAUAUUCGGAGCCAUUGUCUGAUUGAAAUAAACAAGCAAAAAAUACGAGAUAGUAACACCUAAAUAGUUAAUGAUAUUUGAUAGUAGAUACUCUAUUUGUAUUUAGAAAUACGAUAUUUUGUUCGAUUUGUAGCUAUACUGAUAUUUUUGUCGACGGGAAUCGACCGAUUGCACGUAAAACGUGAAAAUUUGAGUAAAUAACAAAACUAGGUACUUUAGGACAACAUAUUGUUGUGCGCUGGGUUUCAGCAUUAACAAAAUAGAAUACGCCUCUUACCUAGACAUGAAGUGUUACAUUUAAAGAUUUAUAAGAGACAUUAUUACAUUGAUUCUUCUUUCUUAAGUAUAUCUCCUUGUCACUGGCACUGUGCAUUCUCACAAAAACGGGCAAAGUUUGAGCUAAUCCAGGGAGUUAUCCAGUCAAAUUUAAGCUGUGCAAAUUCGAUCGCGUACUAUCCUUGACUAGCGCUCAAUGGUGUUCCACGUCUAACAUUUCUUGACUACCAACCUCAAUGGAACCGUAAGAAAGACCUCUUUAUAUGCGCGUUGUUUGUAUUCCGUAUAUAACAACAGAAGAAAGGAAUCUUUUCAUAUGGACGAUUUAAUCGAGGGCAACACCGGACCCACGAACCUUAAAACCUUCACCUGCACUUCAUUUACUGGGUUCUUUUCCGAAUUGCUUCUUAUAGUUUGUGAGAAUAACUGACUUCCAUAAUUCAAGCAUUUUUGGAGUUUGUGCAUGAAAGCCAUGCAAAAAACUAAACGAAAUCGUGCUAGUCAAACAUACAUCAUUUCACAUAUACUUGAUCUGCUCCGGAGGAAUUUCCGUCUUCAUUCCCUUCAAUCGGCUAUCGUAGCCAAAUGAAAGAUUUAUUUGCACUAACUUACCGGAGCACAAUGCUGAUCACAUUGCCUUCUAGUGUACCAUGGCGGUCUAAAAAUGAAGGGCUCUAACACGCUGUGAUUCUAAGGUUCAAAUUGGACGGCUGCGCCAUCGAUUAUUAUAAAACAACUGAAAACUGAAUACUAUAAAGUGCAGGAGAAUUGGGUUGGUAAUAACAUUCCAAGCUGAGGUGUGUUCCAAAAAACUGCGUGUUUGUGAAUAGAAUGCUCAGUGCUUUGAAUCUUCCAAGGAAACCUUUUGCCACUUAUGACUAUCAUGUGAAGGUAAGAAACCGCAGUUUAAAGAUAAUCUGUAGCGAGUUCUAGUAUUAUAUAGAUUGCACCACGGAAAUGUAUUACGUAUCAGUGUGAUCAUCUGAGCGAUUUUAGUCCUUUAGAUAUUUCUUUGAAUAUACUAGUUGAAUAUGUAGCUCGAUAAAAAAAUUCCUUCCCCUGUUUAGGGUUCCUUUUCAACUGCACAUUUCGAUUUUAGUCAAUGUAUGAUAUAUAAAAAGUAAAUAUACACACUCACUAAGAAUAUAGAGUCUUCCAAAAGAGAAACUUACAUGGGUUGGAGUAUUAUUAAUUUAAAAAGCUGUUUAUUAUAUGCUAUGAUACCUACGACGUUAGGCUCCCACUCACAUCUCCAAUGAUGUAAACUUACACACCGACAGACUCUACAAUAUGAAGUUGUUACAAUGUAUGAUAAUUUGACCAAUAAAAAUCCAGUUAGAGAAAA